AUGGGCUCGUAUUGCAAAUUCGCCGAUACCGUAUUGCAAUUUUGGAAAAUAUGUGAAAAAUAUCCCGAUUUAUUGAAAUACGUUGAAAGCACCAUUCUUGACAAGGUGAAGGAAAAGUUUGUUUGUGCGUGGACGGAUAAAGUUCGACACAUUGGAAAUACAACCACCAAUAGAGUUGAGUCGACACAUGCUACAUUAAAAAAUUGGUUGUGCGAUAGCAAGGGUGAUUUGUGUAAAGCAUGGGACACGAUACACCACAUGAUUUUGAACCAACACAACGAAAUACAAACCUCGUUCGGUCGGAGAAUUACAGUUUUGGAACAUCGGUUUAAGGACAACAUCCUUUACUCUCAAUUGAUCGGCAAUAUGUCUCGGUCCAGAUUAAAUUAUAUAUCUUUCACGAGACGAAACAAAGUGAAACUUUUGGUGGCGAUACCGCAAGGUGUGGUUGCACUAUCACUAGCACGAAUGAGACUUAGUUUUGAUGAUGAUGGUUGUAUUGAAGAAGAUUUGAAUAUUUCUAUUAUUUCUGAAUUGGAGGCGAUACAAGAGAGAUUUUCGAAGGCCGAUGACAACAUGAAAUUAAUCAUCAGAGAACAAUUGCGGAGGAAUGGAUUUCCCGAAACAACCGACAUGAAACCGCCGUCUCAACCCGUUAAGACAAAAGGUGCUCCUAAGAAAGUGAAGUCUACGCCAAAUGACAACUUGACAACGCGGUUUCCUUCAUAUUUUGAGCACGUCGACAAAUGCUUUCCGGACUCACCUACUCCGAGAAAUCGCAAAAAUCUCAAAAGAGUUCAAACAAGGGAGCUCGCAUAA